UGUACAGCCUGUAAAUCAAGCAUGUCAUGGUGGGAACAGUUCACUAAGACAGUGAAAGAGCUGCUCUUCUUGACCAAUGUGUACUCCUGUAACAAAGGCUGUAAGAACAACAAGUAUGGUACUUGUCAAAGCAGAUUUCCUCGUCCAAUCCUGCUAGAAACUCAAGUAGAUCCAGAGACAGGAGCUCUGAACUUGAAGAAAGGAAAGGCCAUGCUUAACACCUUUUCACCUGUGCUUACAUAUCUUCUGAGAUGCAACACUGAUGUCACAAGCUUACUCUCUGGCACAGCUAUCAAGUCUGUUGUAGUCUAUGUUAUAGUCACCAUUGAAGACACACACAAUGCUUGA